AUGGCGAGCACUUUCGUGUACAGCACAGUGUGGAAGUUUCUUGAGCCGGAUGAGCUCAUCACCAUGUUCGACGAGAUGGUCCAAGAUGCCAAUGUCAGAUGUACAUAUAUGUCAGACAAGCAGGUAAGCUGGGCACAACCUCUCAUGCUGUUUUUUCUGUCUCGACACACGCUGACGAGACGUAGNAUGUUCCGCAUCGAGUUUCCAGAGCCUGGACAUGAACAGACUUACUUCAAGUUUGUGGACUUGUGCAACAACUACAUCGACGAGCAUCAGGACGGUCCUCAGGAUGUCAUGAGCGGCCUGAAGAUCUUUCGCCCUGACGAGAUGGGUGGAGACACCAAUGUUGAAGACGAACUUGAAGAGCUUCUGAGGGAAGACGACAUCUUAGACGACGAGCCGCUUAUCGAUGUUGGCGGUCCUUCUUCCGAGCACGAAGAGGAAGACAAGCCCUUCUGGAAUCCGAAGGAUAAGAACACAGAUAUCGCGCUUGUUCUGCCAGACCGACUUUUGCAGGAGAUCGCCCAAGACGUUACGUGCUCAUUGGAAUUGAGUGUCGAGAAGGCAUGCGUCUUCGUCACCAACGCCACUGCUAGCAAGAUUGAGACCGUCACUAAGAGGCUGGACAACAUCGAGAGAAACUCGCACCGCUCAAAGAUCGACUCACACUUCAUGCGUACGGAAAAGGUCGACAACCCUUUGCUACAACUCCAUCGUCUUCAGCACCUGCAAGAUGGAACCUUGUUGCAAACAUUGACUCCAGGCGACCCGAGAACCGUACAGAUGUUGCCUCGUCAACGUGUGGUGCGCUUGAUGUGUCCCGACAGCGAUGGUCGACUGAGCGUCUUCAAUCUCACUUAUGGAUACGGGUCUGAUGAGCGCACUAGACAGCCUUCCAACUACACCCAUAGCCCAGAACUGGUCCAGCGACUGGCAUCCAUGUCGCUUCCGCAUUUCAUCAGAGAAGGCAUGCAUGACCCCUUGAUAACCUUCGUGGACAACUCCGUCGAGGAAUGGGUGCAGGGGACCAUCGAUUCUGCGCCCGACGUAGGUGAUUUGCUGGAUGGUGGUGUUGAGAAUCUCAAUCUCGGUAAGACUAUCGAGGCACUCCAGCCCCAGCCAGCACCAUUCAAGGAGCAGGCAGGGCGUACUGUCCAGGAUCUUGGAUUUCCCGAAGAGGCCGACUUUGAAAGCCGUCCUGACUCGAGUCUGCUGGUUGACGCCGAGGCUCAACCUGAUCCAAAUCUUCUUAUUGACUACGAAGGUUGUCCAAAACCUUCAACCCAGGCUAGUCAUCUUGGAGGCCGCAUCUACGUCCCCCCACCUGGCUCUUUUGACGUUGGCUCUACGUAUUCGUCGACCCUGGUCGAAUCGGUGCAGUCUAGAGCGGCAGCUGGGAUAAGAUUCGCAGAUAGGCUACCCAGAGCACCAUGGGACGUCGUACCCGCACAUCCGGUUCCAGUCGAAUGGGACGUCGCACCUACGACAAGCUAUGCCGGAGGUGAUACUGUCGAACCGUUCCCUCCUCUUGGAACGCAGGCUCCCAAACCUCGCGUGCAGCAUGUGCAGUCAACAUCAUCAUUCACUCCUGCUGCACCGCCAGGAUUGUCGACUCGGCCUGGACAAUACUCGCAGAUGGUUCUGGCUGAACCUGCAGAGUCCAACGAUAUUGAAGAAAGAAUCCAGGUGGAAGACGAAGUCGCCAGUCGAAGGUAUUUCGGUACCACAUCUCACCGUAAACCUAAGCCCACCAAGGGCAAGGGCAAGCCUGCCAACCCACCUUCCAAGGCCCAGCUCGAUAUUCCGGAAUUCCUUAAAACUCAAGCGAACAGCAAACCAGCUCAAAGUCAACCAAAGGCAGCUCAUGCUCAAACCGCCCCAACUCCUGAGCCAAAGCCUCUUGUUGUCCCAGAGUGCAGCGACGAUUUAUUGCAACUUCUGGAAUGUGCGAGAGCAUACAGAGGACAUCUAGACAUGGAGAUCUCUAUCGGUCGCAUCCUGAUUGAAGGAUUGAGAGGACCGGAAGCAAAGGAAUUUGCUGCUUCCAAGGCCAUGUCAUCGAAGCGUAUGGCAGCAGGCAUCAAGGAACAUCUCUCUUCAGACCCGGAGUCAGCUCUGCAUUUCGUGGAGAAACUGACCUCAUCUACUAUUGAAGCAUGCCAGAUUCCGACUCCACAGUUGUUUCACCAGGAUGCCACGGAGGCGACCUGGUAUGAGUUCCACUGUGAAGACAAAUACCACAACCACCUCAUUGUGAGAGUCAGGGACCCCGACGGCGUGGAGGUCAAACUUGUUCCCACUACAGUUGGUCAGAUCUUCUUCCACUAUCCGAAGCGAAGAUGGGAUGCUCGCUUUGCCGUGAAAGGCCGAGAGACAUACAAGCACCAUGAGGCAAUCACGGAGUUUUUGAAAAAGCUAUCAGUCGAAAUCCGUGACUCCAAGGACGGCCGUCUUGUCGAUCUGCGCUUUCUGGUGACCAGUGAUCUCAAGAUCGAAAGCGCCUACAUCAAGAAGCGUCUCUCGUUGCGAUACAUCAACAAUGACCGCAUAACGCUACACCUUACAGAGGUCCAAGAGUUGAACAGAGGCUGGAUGAGAGAGAACAACAUACUCCAUCAGUUCGCGUCUCGUGAGAGGAGUGACAUGAUCGCCGCUGGUCGUCUUUGGUUUGAGGCAAAGCUGUCAGUCUCAUUCAAGUCUUUGUUUGACCAGAAUCUUCAGACCAAGACUGGUGAAGAUGCUGCCUGGAAGGCAAAGGAUGUGCUCGAUGAUCAAAUGCUGUCCGCUAUCCAGGAUGUUAUUGAUCGUGUUGUUAUUCGUAUGGAUGGUGUCGGCGUGCAAAACAAGGGAUGGCGUGGUAACGAUGCCGAUAUGGCUGAAUUGGAAGAGUGGGAACAAAGAAACAAGAUGAGUGGCCGCGUUGGUUACUGGUGA